UUGUGUUUCCCCCGGAAUACAUUCUGGAUGCACCGCAUCUUGUACAUGCCCGUCGAUUCGUCCUCUGUACAUUUGGUCUUUAUAUCACUGUUUUGUAUAUAUAUUUUUAAGUCGGUGGGGUGGUAUUAAAUACUCCUCCACAUUUAAUAGGACGUUGUAAAAUGACGUCUAGAGGUACACCGAGUCGCUUCCUCCAAAGUGUUCUGCAGAACGGCGUCGGCCGAUACGUCUGUCAGCUGAAACGCAUCUCGAUCAUCUUCUCCAAAAACGCUCAGAGUUCAUUAGGAGUCAGGGAAUUUAUUGAAGAAGGUGUGGUGGAUUAUGCGAAGACGAACCCUGGAACCGUGGUGUACGUUUCUCCGAACACAAGCAGGAUACCCAAGAUAGUUGCCGAGUAUCUGAACGGCAACGUGCGAGAGGAAGAGGUCACCAGCAAAUCAUCCAAACAGAUCUUAGAACUCAUAAACAAGCUGACCAACCAGUCUGGUCUGGACGUCAUCCGUCUCCGCAAGCCCUUCCACACGGACAGCCCCAGUAUCCAGGGCCAGUGGCACCCCUUCACCAACAGAGCCCCGUCCAUCGGACCAAUCAGACCGCUACCCUGAAGGACUACAGCGUCUCAACCUGGGCUUGAUGGAGACUAAACCGGGGUCAGACGAUGCACCUGAGACUGGUUAUUUGUAUCAUUGUUGAGGAAGGUUUCUUGUCUGGGUUCAUUGAGCUUCUUGAUUAUGAUCUCACUCCUCAUAUGUUGAAUUAUGGAGUGGAUCUCAAUGUCGGAGCACCUUUCUACUGCGAACAGCAGCUGUAACUUAAGAUGAUUGAAAUAAACCUUUUUGGAGUAUGA